AUGCAUGGAUUCUCCACUGUUGACGGCUUUGUGGAGAUAAGCGAGUGCUUGGCAGAGAUGAUUAAAUACGUAGCAAAUGAACCAUCUGCUGGUCUUUUCUUCAUCCAACAGCAUACUCAGAAUGCAGUUCCCAAUGUCAUUAAGCUUAAGAAGAAGGUUAUUGACAAGUCUCAUGAAACGCGUUUGCACACAGAAGAUUUGGAGGAUUCUGUCACAACGGUGAAAUCAAUGAAGGAGUGUGGAUUCCCAAUAAUUGAUGACAUGAUUGGAGACAUUAAAAAAACUCUGGCCACUAUGACAUCAAAGCAACCAAAACGAGUGCUACCGAGUCUGCCAGCAUCAAAUUUUCAGACAGAAAGAACUAGUUUUUGGGGAUCAAUAAGUCCCAAGACUGAGAAGGCAGAGCUGUACCCUAAUGUGCCUUUGUCUGUCACAUAUGCAAGCAGUUGUACAUCUACAGACAAGUUGCCACUGCCAAGACAGGUUGAAGAUGAAACUCUGCCGGAACAGAGUGAUAUUGGGAUUAAUUUAUUGUCAGUAACAGAAAAAUAUGAUGACUUCAAAGCUAGUAAACAAGCCAAGCUGGAGGAGUGGCUGGAAGGAACUAAUAAUCAUGAUUGUGGGUAA